AUGGGUAUUGGGUUGUUAAAGAUUGUUAAUCGGAACCAGAACAACAACAAGUGGACCACAGGUAUAAUGAACAAUUUUCUUUCCAAUAUCAAACGUUCAAUUGUUGAUGCGACAAAAGUUGGUGAUGUUUUCAUAUUGGUCUUCAAGAAUGAAACCGGUGUACGAAAAAUUGCUCAUCAUGCUUUACUGGUAGACGUGGCUGGUGCUAGUAGCGAAGUUUAUCUCAGAGGUGUUUUACUGCAUUUAACUGCGAGGGCAACUACUCGUAAGAGUAAAUUUCGUUUUGGUGAUAAAUCACGACGACGUAAUAUUUUUUAUGAAAUAGUAUAUAUUGGUAAAAUUGUACCACCAAUACAUAUACAUUCAACAAAACCCAGAGAAUGGGCUUGUUCUUUGAUAAUGCUUGGAAAUGAGGUUUUCGAUGAACUUACGAACAACGAAACGGACACGAUAUGGUCAUCAUCAAUUAAUUGCCAAAUUUUCUGCAAAGUUCUCCUCCAGCGUUUCGGUUUUCAAUGGCCUACUGAUUUACCAUGUAUUGAUGAUGAUACGGUUCCUAUUAUUGUGGAUUUAUCUAUAGCUUUUAUCUCAAGUACAGCACGUAAACAUAAAAAAACAGUAGAUCAUGAUGAUUCGGACAAUACGACUGAUGAUGAAUAA